UCAGAAGUCGGCAAUCCCUCGUUGUGUGUUGACGUUUUGUGCGAAAUGUCACAAGAACAUUCAGAAGACGGAAAAUAUUUUGCAUUUUGCUUUGUAACUUUAGUAGAUUGCCAGAAAAUUGUAAUUUUUGCUUCAAAUUACUUAUAAAAUACAAGAUUUCUAGGCUUGUCCGUGGGAUAUUGCUAUGGCUACAAGUUAUCACAAAGGGAGACAUUAAUCCAAUUUGGUAGCUGUCUGUGGGGGAAGAUAACAUUGAAAGGAAAAAAACCUUGAUGAAAUCAUCGACCUUGUGGUUGUGCUCGCGAAUGCAGGUAAUUAACAGGGGAAGAGAAUGUCACACAGUCCUCCCAACUACAUGGACGGAGUUCCGGUGAAGAUAUCGGAGCGAUUCAAACCCCCUCCGAAGAUCACAGUUCCGCAGAGUGUCAUAAAUCGAUUGGCCCAUGCCCAAAGUGGCGGUGGAACUGUUCGAGCGACAACGACGGCCAGUUAUGAUUUCGAACUGGAAGCCACCGUACUUAAGCGGAUUACAGAGUGGAGGGCGGCUAAGGAACGAGAGCGUUACGAACGCGAGGAACGCGUUCGACUCAAGGAGCAGGAACGGGCCCGAUUAGCAGAAGAAGAGCAAAAGCGUAAGUUGAACCAGAUUUCCUAUCCAAAUACCGAUGACCUAUCCAGUGCUAGCGACGGAGAAGGCGAAGGUUCGGAAGAGGAGAACGAUGAAUCGUCGCCCUCGGGGUCGUCCGAGGAACGAAUUCAGCAAAAUCAAGUAUCAUCAUUAGUAGUUAGUUCCAGCGCAGUGCCGCAUAGUCAUAUGAACAAAUUCGAUACCAUUCUUAUGCCAACGGUGCUCCCCGAUGUGGCAACGUCCGCUAUAGGCUCCACUGAAAAAGCGAUUGACUCCAGCAAGCCACUUCACUUCAGCAUUCCAAAGAAUACUAAUUUGUUGAAUAAUAACAAUAGCAUCUAUAAUAAGAUCAACUAUUCGGAUUUUGAAAAUGACACUUCGAGUCCUUUCGAUAAUAUGGAACUAAAAACUAUAAACGAUUUGGAUAUUUUAGCUCAAGUUUAUAAUUUAGACAUUUCUAAUUCUGGUUCAGAGCGAAGCCCUGGCGAUUCUAACGAAAAUGAUUCCAAGACGCAAGAUAAGCCGGGAAAUGUCUGUUCCACAACUCAAGAAAACGAAGAAAGCGUAGAACAGAAACCCACGGUGGUUCCGUCUCAGUCGUUGAGCUAUCAAAUGCAGUCCCACUAUCAGCCUGCUGCAUUUACGCAAAACUCUGGACAGGAGGUUCAAUCGAAUGAUUAUUAUAAAUCCUACGGCAGUUACAACUAUAGUUAUGGUGGCUUCGUUCCUUCGUCGACACCCUCGAAUACCAGCUAUGCGACUCCAGACAGUCGAUUUCUAAGUCAAUACCAGUCGACGGCUGGUCCUUCCUAUCAACAACCGGUGCAAUCUCAGUAUCAAUCUUACAACCAAGGCAUAGGAUCAUACAACUACUUCCCAUACACAAGUUCCUCGAACAGCACGGCCACGCAGUCCACCUAUGCCAGUGCGUAUUUCUACAACAGCACCUACGGCCACCAGUCUCAACCGGCGCCCAAUUACAGCAACUACGCUGGCAAUGCAAAUGCGGCUGUGGCGGAAACAGCUGCGUCUGGCUGCACUCCGGGGAUGGAAGGGGCCCCUACAUCAGAUGAUCAGGGAUCGUCGUCGAUGAGAUCCAAAUCUAAAAGUGUGCCUGACAUUGUCCGCCAAUUGGACGAGGAGGUGAAAAGCUCCGCUCAGCGAAGGACUCGAAAUAAUAGUCAAUCCGUUGCUGAUAGUAACUCGACCGAGGAAAAAUGUAUCGCAAAGUCAGAUUCUACGCAGGACUUUACUCUUUACAAUCGGUUAUCGCCAACCGAUCAGAAUCUAGUGAAACGCAUAGGAUCAAUGGGUUUCCCGUUGGAGCGUGUAGCAGCGGUACUAGCACGAAUAGGAAAUGACGAUAAAAAGAUCGUGGAACACUUGAUACCGCUGAGCGAGUUGUUGGAUUUGGGUUUUGAGGAGGAGAAAAUAUCCGAAGCGUUAGUCAAAUUCGACAACAAUAAACACAAGGCGCUUGAUUAUUUAAUAUCCUAGUAUCUGAGUAUUUUUUUUUUUUGGUUUGAUAUUGGGAUGUCGCUGCGCUCGACGUUGACGACAAUGUGAUUGCUGCUCGCAGGAAACGAAAAUCAUAGAUAUUGGCUCCAAAUUUGAUGUGUAACAUGUAAUAAACCAAAUCGAUUAUAGUAGCUAUUUCAUAUUCCACUUGAGGACAACUAACAGUAGGCUUUGCUGAUGUGAUGCCUUAUCCGCAAAAAAGUAAUGAUCCUAGAACGUAUUUUAUAAACUCAAAAAAGCGCAUCAUUUGCUUUUGAAGAAGUGAGCUCAUUGUUUGAAAUUUUUUGUGCCACUGUGUUUUUUUUCGCUUCAAAAGAAAUGCGAUACGUUUUUCUACAACUACAAAUGUUUGUUUCAUUCAAAAUAGCGUCAUUGUACCUUAUCUUUUUUUUUUACAGUUUGACUCGUCAAUUUCUAAUUAAGCCUGGGUGUGUUCUUGAAAAGGAUUUUCUAUACACAGAUCUAUUCUAUGGAUUCUUGUAUCAUUCAAGGCAAUACAUCACUUACUUAGGGAAAAUGCACGCUGCCUUCAAGGAAAAUUGGAGCAAAAUCCUUUUCAGGUACAUACGUAGGCUUAUUAAUAGAAAAUAAACAAUAAUAUGAAAUAUUCAAUGAAAAA